UAUUAUUAUAGUGGCAUCGGUCCCCUCCUCGUGGCUAGAAGACGUUGGCGACAGUUCAGUUAACGCACCAGUGUCGGGACGAACUGCAAGGAUGGCGUACGGUACGCAUCUGUUUUACGCGACUAUUGUAGUAAUAGUGUUACUCUUACGAGAUACGGAGACACAACGGGAACGUCCACCAAACCCGAUAAAGGAAGCCCUGUAUUUACACAGCGACUCGUUCAACGCGUCGUUCGAAGACUGCAUAUGGAGGCGGGAGUGGGAACCCUGUCCAGACCCAGCAGUCAAACUACACUUGUACACAGAAGCGGAGCCCGUUAAAAGAGUGGUUGAUCUGUUCAGCGAGGACUGGUUGCGGCAGAGCGGUUGGGAACCAUCUCAUGAGACGAUUCUCCUGAUUCACGGAUACGCUGGUGGUGAUGACACAUUGCCGAUUGCUGUACUGCGGGAUGCAUAUAUUCGUCGCGGAGGCUACAACGUGCUUAUGUUAGACUGGGGCUCGCUUUGUCAGCCCCCGUGCUACGUCGCAGCGGUCCACAAUCUGAGACCUGUUGCUCGAUGCGCUGCCGAGGCACUGGGCACUCUGAGACGCGCCGGCUUGAGGCCAGACCGAUUAACGUGCGUGGGACACUCGUUGGGUGCACAUAUGUGUGGCAUCAUUGCUAACUUCCUUACGUUCCGGCUAAACAGAAUUAUAGGUUUGGAUCCAGCCCGACCUUUAAUUCGGUCCGCCCCUGCCCUACGGUUGGACCCCGGGGAUGCGCGCGCCGUCCACGUGCUCCAUACUAACGCAGGUCGCUAUGGUGAAGGCGCCAGGCUUGGGCACGCUGACUUCUGUCUUAACGGGGGACGCAGUCAACCAUACUGCGAGGAUACGCCAAACGAAGCGUUAUGCAGCCACAUCUGGUCAGUCUGCUAUCAGGCGGAAAGUCUGUUCCGUUCUCGUAGCGCAGUUCCAUGCGGCCGGCGUUGUUCAGUCCGCGUCCCGCCAGGACGUGCGCAAGCUCUGCCCGUGCCGGUCGGGCAGCCUGCGCCCAUGACUGCAUCAGGCGCAUACUGUUUAGAAGACGACACUAUACCGUUCUGCCCUCACACGUCGGGACUGUUGGAAGGUGACACACGCUGUUGCCUAGACGAGCAGUACGCAGCCGCGGCCACUAGCCCGCCGGCGCCGGUACGGAAGCGACCACGCCCCAUCGUCAGGCUUAGAGCGAGCAGAGUCAAACUAGGCGUCCACGAUACUUUAGAAUGAUACGCCGAUUCUGACGAUUUAAUUUUAAUUCUAAAGAAGCCUGUUAAUUUUUUUAUUGCUUCAAUAGGUGGACGAACUCAGGGACCAUCAGUGUGCUU